CUUUUCCACUAAGAAAGAAAAGUCUCUUCCCAACAAACUUCCAUCCUGGACGAAAUCACCAUCAUGGCCGCUACCACCGAGCACAGCGAGCAAUUCAACGAGAAGCAUGAUGGCCUCAAUGGCUUUGAUCCUGAGGCUCAGCGCCUGGAGAGCUUGAACAGGUUGAGAACUGCUCAGAGUGUUCAGAUGAGCCCUGAGUUGUUUGAGAAGCUUUACCUUUCGCCUAUGAACCAGGUCAAGGGAGAGCUUCGACAGACAUUUGGAAACCCUACACCUAUUGCUCUGGUUGGUUUCCUCCUCGCUUUCACACCCCUGACUUGCGAUCUCAUGGGCUGGCGAGGCGCUGGUGGCAGUGGUGCUGCCUCAAAUGCCGUCUACGUCUUCAUGGGCGGUCUUCUCAUGAUCAUCGGUGGUAUUCUCGAAUGGGUUCUCGGCAACAGUUUCCCAGCCUGCGUCUUCUGCUCUUUCGGUGGUUUCUGGUUCUCUUACGGUGGCACUCUCAUCCCUGCCUUUGCUGCCUACGCCUCAUAUGCUCCCGCCGAUGCCACAUCCGCUGCUGAAGGUCUUGCUACUCGAGGUUUCAACGCCAGUCUUGCUUUCUGGCUGCUCUUCAUGGGUGUCUUGUCCUUCAUCUUCCUCAUCUGCGCUUUCCGAACCAACGUUGUCUUCGUCAUGAUCUUCUUCAGCUUGACCUUCUGCUUCUUGAUGAUCACUGCUGCAUUCUGGGCUCUGGCCGAUGACUUCACUGGAAACGCAAAGCUCGCACAAAAGCUCCUCGUGGCUGGUGGUGCCUUUGGGUUCGUAACAUGCAUGUCGGGCUGGUACAUCCUCAUCGCUGUCCUCUUCGCCAUCGUCGAUUUCCCCAUCCAAAUCCCCGUUGGCGACUUGUCCACUGUCAUCAAGGGACACAGCGAGAAGGCUCGUCGUGCUUAAGCUGGAUAUUAUGGAUUAAUAUGGAAAAGGGGUUGUAAGGAUGAUACGCACACCGGGGCAUCUCCUUACUGGCGUUCGUUGGUGAUGGCGUUGAAUCAUCCAACAAUUGGAAAUGGGUGGCUUCUUGUCCAACUUUUGGACCUUGAGAUUCGAACUUGAUUUAGUUAUUGGCUAUAACCAAAGGAUCUAGUUACUUUAUUAGCG